CACAAGUUACAACGCGAUGACGUCAGCUCCGAUCGGCAGAUACCGGCGAUGGUGCAUCUUCCUGGUGGGGCUGCUAGAGAGCCUCCUCUUCGGCGGCACCAUCUUUGGGUGGGCUCAGCUGGCCUACGUCCUCAAGGAACAGGGCAUCUUCAGUCACCUCUGCAACGCCACCGUCACCAGUCGCGCCCCUUCCGAAAUUGUUACCUUCAAGGGAUGCGCGGCCCAGGAUGAAACCUUCGCCCUCAUCUACACCGUGGCGUGUACCUUGUAUAGUACACCGGGGAUUCUGCUGGGCUACAUGUUGCAUCACCUCGGCUUAGCUGUUACCAGGAUCAGCGGAGGUUUGAUGCUGGUAACCGGGUUCCUGUGUCUCGGCCAAGUGUCCAAAGAGGCUCCGGUCUGGCUGUACCCAGCCAUGGUCCUCCUGUCCCUCGGCGGCAACCAACUGCGCAUGUCGGGGCUGCAGUUCGGGAACCUCUUCCCCCGCUACCGCUCCACCGCCAUCUGCGUCAUCAGCGGCGUGUUCUCGGCGUCCGCGGGGCUCUUCUUCUUCGUGCAGCUGGCCGUAGACGCGGGCAUAUCCCUGCGUCAUGCCAAUUGGGUGUUAGCUGGAAUGGCAUCUCUCACGCUGCCUGUUACCAUUAUUAUGCCUUGUCACCAUAUCCCGUAUAAUGAUGAUGCUUGGGUGUUUUCAUCUCUAUUCAGCGUCUCGGCUUUCGUUAGUCCCUUCAUUUCCCCGAUGCCCGGCUUCGCGAUGGACUUGCUUAAGAAGAGUAAACUGGAAGGCCUGUCCUCCACCGAGCGCAGAAUACAGGAGAUGAAGAGUCCUGCCCUGCCCUCCCUCGCCCUGACAGGUAUAGUGGCUGUCAUGUACACCUGCCUCUUCUUCAAGACUCCGGCAGCGGUGUACCUGGCUCUCGUCUGCCUCAUGCUCGCCAGGCCCUCAGUCAUCGCUAUUGGGAACUCCUUCGUCAGAGCGAGAUUCCCCGGGGACCAUUUCCAUCGGCUGAUUGGUAUUUAUGGCACAAUAGUGUCUGUGCUGACUAUCCUGCAGUAUCCGCACUUCCUUUGGGCUCAGCAUGACUACUACGGGGCUCAGGGCUUUAUGAUGGCGAUGCUGGCCGUUUCCUGCGUGCAACCGUUCCACCUCCUGAGCAACACCUACCUCCGCAAGGUCGUCCACAUGGAACAGACGACCUUGAGCAGCGACGAGGUAACCGUGCCUCUUUCCUCGGACGUCGGGAACAAGAAGCCUGAAGUAGUUCAACGUCUUUCCGAUCCUCCUCAGCCAGCUUAA